CCGCCUCCUCCUGACGCUCCCCGAGUUCCGUGAGGGGCGGGCCGGAGAGAAGGGCCGGCCCUGACAGGAGAGAGCGUGUUAACCCGUCACCUCAGCGCCAGUGGGCUGGCUGCAGCCCCGCCCCUCUCCCCUCCUUAAAGGACGUGAAUUACAUGUUCGGCAUCGUAGGCAUCCCGGUUACCGAAAUCGCUCUUGCUGCGCAGGAGGUGGGCAUCAGAUACAUCGGGAUGAGGAAUGAGCAGGCAGCUUGCUAUGCUGCCUCUGCAGUUGGAUAUCUGACAGGCAGGCCAGGAGUUUGCCUUGUUGUUUCUGGCCCAGGUCUCAUCCAUGGUUUGGGCGGUAUGGCAAAUGCAAACAUGAACUGUUGGCCCUUGAUUGUGAUUGGUGGUUCCUCUGAAAGAAGUCAGGAAACAAUGGGAGCCUUCCAGGAAUUUCCUCAGGUUGAAGCUUGUAGAUUAUAUAGCAAGUUCUCUGCCCGGCCAAGUAGCAUAGAAGCUAUUCCGUCUAUUAUCGAAAAGGCAGUGAGAAGCAGUCUUUAUGGUCGUCCAGGUGCUUGCUAUGUCGACAUACCUGCAGAUUUCGUGAACCUCCAGGUGAAUGUGAAUUCUAUAAAGUAUGUGGAGUGCUGUAUGCCACCUCCUAUUAGCAUGGCAGAAACCUCUGCUGUAUCCACGGCAGCAUCUGUUAUUAGGGAUGCCAAGCAGCCCCUUGUCAUCAUUGGGAAAGGUGCCGCUUAUGCCCAUGCAGAGGAGAGCAUCAGGAAGUUGGUGGAGCAGUGUAAGUUGCCGUUUCUGCCCACCCCCAUGGGAAAGGGUGUGAUCCGUGACAACCAUCCAAACUGUGUAGCUGCUGCCAGAUCCAGGGCUUUGCAAUUUGCUGAUGUAAUUGUGUUACUUGGUGCCAGAUUAAAUUGGAUUUUGCAUUUUGGACUGCCUCCAAGGUAUCAGCCAGACGUGAAGUUUAUCCAGGUUGAUAUCUGUGCAGAAGAAUUGGGGAAUAAUGUAAGGCCUGCUGUGACCUUGCUUGGAGACAUAAAUGCUGUCACUAAACAGCUUUUAGAAGAAUUUGAUAAAACACCAUGGCAGUAUCCUCCUGAGAGCAAGUGGUGGAAAGUUCUGAGAGAAAAAAUGAAGAGCAAUGAAGCUUUAUCCAAGGAAUUAGCUUCCAAAACAUCUCUGCCUAUGAACUAUUACACAGUAUUCCACCAUGUUCAAGAACAACUACCCAGAGACUGUUUUGUGGUGAGUGAAGGAGCAAAUACUAUGGAUAUUGGACGCACUGUGCUUCAAAACUACCUUCCUCGCCACAGACUUGAUGCUGGUACUUUUGGAACAAUGGGAGUCGGUUUGGGAUUUGCCAUUGCAGCUGCUAUAGUGGCUAAAGAUAGAAACCCAGGGCAGCGGGUCAUCUGUGUGGAAGGAGACAGUGCAUUUGGAUUUUCUGGCAUGGAAGUAGAAACCAUCUGCAGGUACAACUUGCCAAUUGUACUUUUGGUGGUGAAUAAUAAUGGAAUUUAUCAAGGUUUUGAUACAGAUAGUUGGAAGGAAAUGUUAAAAUUUGGAGAUGCUACUACAGUGGCCCUUCCAAUGUGUCUUCUGCCCCACUCACAUUAUGAGCUUGUCAUGACUGCAUUUGGAGGCAAAGGGUAUUUUGUACAAACACCAGAAGAACUCCAGAAAUCCCUGAGGCAGAGCCUGGCAGACACAACUAAUCCCUCCCUCAUCAACAUCAUGAUUGAGCCACAGGCCACUCGGAAAGCCCAGGAUUUUCACUGGCUGACCCGGUCUAAUCUGUAAAUAAAGAUGCCAAUGAGUGACUUGAAGAGUCACUCUUUCCUAUAAGAUGGAACUUUAUUUUUCACAACGAAAUUACUAUAAUGUUAAAAUUGUCAUGUAAAAAUUAAAUAAAACAUUUCUAAAUGACA